UGUAGUGCUUUCAAUUCAUUGUCAAAGUUGCUGGGAUAUUUUACGAAAAUAUCCUAUUCUGAAGGGAAGAGAUGGAGUAUACAAAUUAACAAUAGCCUCUGAAGUAAAAUCUGUUUACUGUGACAUGAGUACUGAUGGAGGAGGGUGGACGGCUAUACAGAAAAGACAGGACGGGUCUACAGAUUUUUACAGGACGUGGUCAGAGUAUAAACAGGGAUUUGGAGAUCCCUCUAAAAACUACUGGAUAGGAAAUGACCCAAUCCAUGAGCUGACAAAGAACAAGGACCAGGAACUCCGGGUUGAACUCCAAAGUUUUGAUGGUGCUGAAGCAUACGCUCAGUAUUCCACAUUUUAUGUCGGGGACGAAGACAGUAAAUUCAAACUCACUGUGUCGGGGUAUUCAGGAACCGCAGGUGACAGUUUGACUUAUAACAAUGGAUAUGAAUUUACAACAAAGGACCAGGAUAAUGACAUCUGGAGUAGAAACUGUGCUACAGAGUGGCACGGAGCCUGGUGGUACAGCAGCUGUGCCUUCGCUAACCUUAACGGACAGUACGCACAGUCUGCUGUGUCAGCUUGGAAAUACCCGGUAUGGUAUCAAUGGAAAGAAAAGGAAGCAUUAAAACAGACUGUGUUGAUGAUCAGACACAAGAACUGUAGAGCGUCCAACGUCCUACGAGACAUUCUGAAUCAGGAAAGUCUGGUCCGCUUCUCUAUGGUGCAAAAAAUACAAAAUUUAGUGAUGGAUGCCAUAGAUAAUAAAAACAAUAGACAAGUAAUGAAGGCGAAGCUUAGUGAGGUGACAAAGGAAUUACAGGACUUGGAGACUAGAAAUCAAGUAAUUGAAGAAGAAAACAGCAAACUUAAAGAGGAAUUGAAGGUCGUUUACGGCACGAUGAAUGCUUAUAGAAACUAUACGAUGGAAGAAAUUCAAAACCUUAAUCAGACGGAAAUACUUUUUCUCAAAAGCAAAACGGUAGCUCUCCAUGAUGAAAAUCUCAAACUAGCCUUGAAAAAUUCGGCUUUUGAAAAACAACUUGAUUUGUUAAAUAAGACAAUAAAACAAACGGAAAGAGGUGUUCGAAAAGACAUGGAGACAUUGAAGUCAUCGGACAUAGGAACAUUGGAUAGAAUUAACACUCUGAAUAAAUCCCAUGUAAUAGAAGUAAAAAAGAACUUUCAAAAAAUAAAAGAACUUGAUGAUGGCUUUCGAAAUAAAAGUCUGGUUCUGGAAAACACUGAUCGAGGACUUAGUCAAGGAAUGGAGGUUCUCCAAGAUCAAAUGAAUGAAAUGAACCCGACAUUACAGAUCAGUGGCGUAGAAGUUCUUGCCAGACAGAUUAAAAAGAUGGAGGACAAGUUCAAGAGUUUUGCAGCGUCUGUAAAUGAAACGUUCAACAAUGUUCAGGAGGAUCUGAAUGAAUCGAACUGGUCUUUAUCAAAAGUGCUUUCAAUUAAUAGUCAUAGUUGCUUGGACAUAUUACGGAAAUACCCGUUUUUAAAGGGAGGAGAUGGAGUACACAUAAUAACAGUAAACUCUAAGGUCAAAUCUGUAUACUGUGACAUGAGUACAGAUGGAGGAGGGUGGACGGCUAUACAAAGAAGACAAGAUGGAUCUACAGAUUUUUACAGGACGUGGUCAGAAUAUAAACAAGGAUUUGGGGAUGCCUAUAAAAACUACUGGAUUGGAAAUGAUGCAAUCAAUGAGUUAACAAGGAACAGGGAUCAGGAACUCCGGGUUGAGCUACAAAGUUUUGGUGGUGCUGAAGCAUAUGCUCAUUACUCCACAUUUUAUGUCGGGGACGAAGGCAGUAAAUACAAACUCACUGUAUCGGGGUAUUCAGGAACCGCAGCUGAUAGUUUGACUUAUCACAGUGGUAGGAGGUUUAGCACAAAGGAUCAAGAUAAUGACGAUCAUAGUAGUCACUGUGCCGUAUCAGAUCACGGAGGCUGGUGGUACAAAAGCUGUCACUACUCAAACCUGAACGGACAAUAUACAGAGUCAGUGAAGUAUGGAUCGAAAUACCCUGUUUGGUAUGACUGGAGAGGUUCUGAAGCAUUAAAGAAGACGUUGAUGAUGAUCAGAAAAAAAAAUAGAAAUAAA